AUGGAACUGUACUGCAGGGGACUGCCAGGACGAAACUACAAAUGUAUACUCCUCAUUUUUUACCUGAAUCUGUGGAGCAAACCAAUCGCAGAAGCAAUUCAUCCAGACUGCGCCAUCAUUUCGCAGCACCUGAGGUCUCUGGAGAUUUGUAGCCUGAUUAGGACGAGAGAGGCAGAAAACCAGACCGGCCACACCGGCUGUAAAACAGAGUGGGAUGAGAUACGGUGUUGGCUGAGAGCUGAAGUGGGCCAGGUGGUCAACGUAUCCUGUUCUGAGGUCUUCCAGCACUUCUCCAGCAAUCAAGGGUAUGUUUACAGGAACUGCACAGUUGAUGGCUGGACUGAAAUGUACCCCCCUUACGAAGACGCCUGUGUUUUUAAUGAUGACACUGAGCCCGAAUCUGAGACUAGUUAUCUGUCCACAUUCAGACAGGUUUACACUGUGGGCUAUGCCACCUCUCUCAUCUCUCUUAUCACGGCCAUAGUGGUGUUUACAGCCUUCAGAAAGUUCCGCUGCACCAGGAACUACAUCCACAUCAACCUGUUCUCCUCCUUCGUCCUGAGGGCCAGCGCUGUCUUCAUCAAAGACACGGUGCUGUUUGCUGAUGAGACUCUGGACCACUGCUCCAUGUCCACGGUGGCAUGUAAGUCGGCCGUAGCUUUCUUCCAGUUCAGCAUCCUGGCCAAUUACUUCUGGCUGCUGGUGGAGGGCAUGUACCUGCAGACUCUGCUGGCCCUCACCUUCGUCUCUCAGAGGAAAUACUUCUGGUGGUACAUCCUGAUUGGCUGGGGGCUCCCGUCGACCGUUCUCAUACUGUGGGUUUUGGCCAGAUACUUCUACGACAACAGAGGUUGCUGGGAUGACACAGACAAUGUUGGUAUAUGGUGGAUUAUUAAAGGACCCAUAACAGCCUCGCUGCUGGUCAACAUCGUUAUCUUCAUCAAUGUGAUCCGGAUUCUGGUUCAGAAGCUCAAGUCUCCCGCCAUGAGUGGGAACAAUGACACUGGGCAUUUUAUGAGGCUGGCUAAAUCCACCCUGUUCCUCAUCCCCCUGUUUGGGAUGCACUACACUGUGUUUGCCUUCCUGCCGGAGAACACCGGAGUGGCAGCCAGGCUCUACAUCGAGCUGGGACUGGGAUCCUUUCAGGGUUUCGUGGUGGCGCUGCUGUACUGCUUCAUGAACGGAGAGGUCCAGACAGAGCUGCGGCGGUGGCUGUGGAGGUGUCACACCCAGAACCACCUCGCCCCGUCCAAGAGGAGCAUCACCGUCACUCAGAUCACAGUUGUGGCACGUGGAGGGCAGCAGAGGCCUCUUUCCACCAGCAACUUCUCCUCCGUCUGA